AUGCAGGGCAGCUUUGAUUCUAAUUCUACUAUCGUAAAGCGGCCAAGAAUGCCAAGUGGUGGGCGAGACCGAUUGUCAGAUUUACCAGAUGAAUUGCUCAGCAUAAUAAUCUCCUUCCUAAAUCCAAAAGAGGCGGGUCAGACAAGUACUCUCUCCAAGCGCUGGAAUAAUGUCUGGAAGACGUAUAAGCAUCUGGAAUUUGUUGCCAAGGAGGAUGAAAUUCGAAGGUUUUCGACCGGAGCACUCAGUUUUGUGCAACGUGUAAAUUACAUGCUGAAAGUCCACCAGGGUGAGAUCACAAGAUUGAAGGUCAGUUACCCUUAUAACGAAGUCUUACAGAAGGAAUUGGAGGCGUGGGUUGUGUUUGCAACCUCAAGGGGGAUUGAACACCUUGAAUUAGAUUUCACCCCAAGUUAUUUCUGCAUGAUGCCCUUCCCAAACCUUGGUGCUCUGUUCCGCGCCGGGUUCAAAUCCUUAAAAACUCUGAAGUUAUCCGCAGUUCUUGUGUCUGGGCAACUUUUUCAUGGAUUCUUACAAGAGUUCCCCUGCUUAGAGACGCUAGCAAUCAACUUCUCUUGUUCUCCAGAGUUGGAAGAGGUUGUGGUCUGUGGACCUUUGGCACUCAAGCAACUACUGAUCACCUCAUGUCUCUAUCUGAGGAGUGUUACUGUGAAAAAUUCGAAUCUGGAAGCACUUAUCUUAAGUCCAGUGAAAGAGUUGACGAUUGACGAGAGUCCAUUACUUAAAGACGUCCGUUCUGGUGGCUGGGCUGUUGUUGCUAGUCUGUCUACUACUAGUCUCAUGAAUCUUGAGACCCUUGGUGUAACUCUGAGUAAUGUUGAAGUUUCUGAGUUUGGACGGAUGGUUUCUCUCCCUGCUGUACUACUCAGCUUAAAAACACUAAUCCUCAAUGUGGAAGCCUGGAGUAAUCAUUCUAUGCUUGAAUUGACCUCAAUGUUCCAGUAUUGUCCAAAUUUGGAAACUCUCAUCAUUGAGGUAGAUCUUGAUCCGUACGGGUCGCCAUCCGUGUUUCUGGACUCUGCUAUUCAAUCUGUUGUUGAGGGUGGUGUUCUUAUGUGUACUGCUACUGAUAUGGCUGUGCUUGUGAGAUAUCUUCCUGGAUUUGGUUCUGUUGUUCCUCAAGAGUGUACUGAUUAUGGCAAAAAGUAUAACAUGGGUGGACCUAUAUGGUCUGCCCCCAUACAUGACCAAGAAUGGGUUGCUUCCAUGGUUGAAGAUGAAUUGCCGGAUGUGCCACUGUUCCCGAAUUUGCAUAAUCUGUGUGCGACCCUCAAAUGCACCUCCCCAUCGGCAGUUAUAUUCCGCUCUGCUGUGAUCAAUGCUGGAUAUCGUAUAUCAGGAACUCAUGUUAAUCCCCUUGUGCUGAAAACAGAUGCUCCAAUGGAUGUGAUUUGGGAUAUAAUGCGCUGCUGGGCUAAGUAUGCCUCCAGCCAAACAUCCAACCCUCUCCAGCAACCUGGGAAGAUGCCACACCUAGGCAAGCAGUUGGCUAAGAUUUGGCCCACUGCAAUAGGCGGAAUAAAGUGGCUCGUGGGGAACGGGGAAAGGAUAUUCUUCUGGGAAGACUUAUGGCUGGACAUAGAUCAUCCUCUCCUCCAAUUAGCAACCUCAAGAGUUCCGGAUCAUCUUCUGAAGCUCGGGGUCAAGGAUUAUAUUGAUCAACGUGGGAAUUGGAAUUGGACAGCCAUUGAGCCUUGGACAGACGAAGCAACGCGAAGAAUGAUCAUGGCAGUACCACCUCCUGAACCACAAAUGGGACUAGACAAGCCAGUUUGGAAGUGGACCAAAUCUGGAAAAUUCUCCACUUCUUCUGCCUUCAAAGCUCUGAAUCUCAGUCAAUGGGAACCAGAAGAUGGAAAAUGGAAAGCAGCAUGGCAUUGGCAAGGACUAGAAAAAAUAAAAAUCUUCUUAUGGUCACUGAUAAGGCAAUCCUUGUUAACAAAUGCUGAAAGGAAACGAAGGCACAUAUCCGAUUCGGAUGCGUGUCUCUUCUGUUCUCAGCCUGAAAACCAAUUUCAUCAGUUUAGGGAUUGUCUUAAAUCAAAACAGGCGUGGAACCACGUCAACAGGAAUGCAGACUGGACAACAACAUUUGCAGUAGGCUGCUGGAAGCUGUGGACAGCAAGAAACGAUGAGAUUUUGCCGAUAAACACAUCAAUUCUAGGAGUCUCGUCUUCUCCAUUAUGGCUGCAGCACAAGAAAUCACAAGACUUUAUCAUAAAAAGAACAUUACAUGUGCAACUGCAGAUGGAUAGUACUACUGCAGUCAAGAACUUAGAAGAUGAAGAAGAUUCACACCCUGGUUCUAUGGAGAAAACAGGGGAUGAAGAGAUACAGCAGCAUAAGGAUACCUCAAAAGCUGCUUCUUUUGAUCUCAAUGACUACACUGUCAUCAAAGAGGGACAGGCUGAAAUACUAAUGCAUGCGAAGAAUGAAGUGUUCUACAAUAAAACCCAGGUUAAUAACAGAGAUAUGUCCAUUGCCGUUCUGAGGACAUUCAUUAAAAUAAGACAGCAGGAGCAUGAAGCCAUGUUGUCCAAAAGAAAGAAAACAGCAAGAAAGUCGCCGGAUAAACCUGUUGACCUACAAGAAGCUCCAAGUGGUUCAAUUACUCAGGAUGGAAAAUCUAAUGGUGAAUGCAAAGAGUCAGAAAAACCAAUGGAUUGUGAACCUUCCGUAUCGGAGAAAGUAGUCGAGAAACAAGAAGUAAAAAGCCAAGGAGAACUGAAACCACCUCGAGUUCUUGAGGCUUUGUCUGCUUCUGGGUUGAGAGCUAUUAGAUAUGCAAGGGAAAUUGAAGGAAUUGGUCAGGUUGUGGCGUUGGACAAUGAUCCAGUGUCAGUUGAAGCGUGCAGACGAAAUAUAAAGUUCAAUGGUUCAGUAGCUGGUUCGAAGGUGGAAUCUAACCUUGCCGAUGCAAGAGUUUACAUGCUUACCCAUCCAAAAGAAUUUGAUGUGGUAGAUCUUGAUCCUUACGGGUCACCAUCUGUGUUUCUGGACUCUGCUAUUCAGUCUGUUGUUGAUGGUGGUGUCCUUAUGUGUACUGCUACUGAUAUGGCUGUGCUUUGUGGGGGUAAUGGAGAGGUUUGCUAUUCCAAGUAUGGCUCCUAUCCUGUGAGGGCAAAAUAUUGUCACGAAUUGGCCUUGAGGAUCCUUCUGGCCUGCAUUGAGAGCCAUGCUAAUCGGUAUAAAAGAUACAUUGUCCCAGUAUUAUCUGUACAGAUGGACUUUUACGUGCGUGUUUUUGUUCGUGUAUACACUUCAGCAAGUGAAAUGAAAAACACUCCCCUAAAGCUCUCUUAUCUUUAUCAAUGCAUUGGAUGCGAUUCGUAUCACCUUCAGCCACUUGCAAGGACAGUGUCUAAGAAUACCAGUGUGAGAUAUCUUCCUGGAUUUGGUCCUGUUGUUCCCCAAGAGUGCACUGAUUGUGGCAAAAAGUAUAACAUGGGUGGACCUAUAUGGUCUGCCCCCAUACAUGACCAAGAAUGGGUUGCUUCCAUGGUUGAAGAUGUAAAAGCAAUGAAGAAUCACUAUCCAGCUUAUGAUCGUAUAUCUGCUGUGUUGACAACAAUUUCAGAGGAAUUGCCGGAUGUGCCGCUGUUUCUGAGUUUGCAUAAUCUGUGUGCGACCCUCAAAUGCACCUCUCCGUCGGCAGUUAUAUUCCGGUCUGCUGUGAUCAAUGCUGGAUAUCGUAUAUCAGGAACUCAUGUUAACCCCCUUGGGCUGAAAACAGAUGCUCCAAUGGAUGUGAUUUGGGAUAUAAUGCGCUGCUGGGUCAAAAACCAUCCUGUGAAAGCUCAACCUCCAGAGCAAGCUGGAAGUGUGAUCCUCGCUAAGGAACCUGUUCUGCAGGCUAAUUUUGCUCGAGCCGUCGCUUCUCUAAGCAAGGCACAAGCCAAGAAGGUCGCAAGGUUUCUUCCGAACCCAGAAAGGCAUUGGGGACCAAAACUUAGGGCAGGCCGUCAGAUUACUAGCAAGCACGUGUCUCUAUUGGGUGCAGACGCUGUAAAUGGUGUUAUCAAACAUGAAGACAGUGAAGAGCCUGCUGCAAAGCGUAAGAAGACUGAAGAUUCUACACCUAAUUCAUAG